UCUCAAUUCACUAACUUCCUUUUCUUCCGUAAGGUGUUGAAAACUCUUUACCGUCUUUCAAGCUACGCCCCAAACCUAGUAUUCUGGUUGACGUGGCUACAACUGUUGGCUGAAAAUGCAGACCAUUAAGUGUGUAGUGGUUGGUGAUGGUGCUGUUGGUAAAACCUGUUUGCUGAUUUCAUACACAACAAACAAGUUUCCUUCUGAAUAUGUACCCACUGUGUUUGACAAUUACGCUGUGACAGUAAUGAUCGGAGGCGAGCCAUACACGCUAGGUUUGUUCGACACUGCUGGUCAGGAAGAUUACGACAGGCUAAGACCUCUCAGUUACCCACAGACCGAUGUCUUCCUAGUCUGUUUCUCAGUUGUCUCCCCUUCUUCAUUCGAAAAUGUUAAAGAGAAGUGGGUCCCCGAAAUCACUCAUCAUUGCCCGCGAACUCCAUUCCUGCUAGUGGGAACACAGAUAGAUCUCCGUGACGAUGCAGCCACGAUAGACAAGCUGGCCAAGAACAAGCAGAAGCCCACCCUAGUGGAGCAGAGUGAAAAGCUCGCCAGGGACUUGAAGGCUGUGAAAUACGUUGAGUGUUCAGCUCUGACACAGAAAGGACUGAAGAACGUGUUUGACGAAGCGAUACUGGCCGCCUUGGAACCCCCGGAUAUAAAGCCUAAAAAGAAGUGUGUCUUGCUCUGAUGAGGGCUUCGUGGAGAUUUCUUCUGUAUGUGACUGAACUAUAGAUAUUUCAAAGACUCAAAUGACACACCCAACAGAAAACACUUUACUGUGCAAAUUAGAAGUAUAUAUAUAUAUAUACUGCACCUGAAUUUAAACUUUGGCCUUCUCUGAAAGUUUAAAAAAAAAAAACCCUUUUUUUUAAUAAUAAUUUUUUUGGAAUUUGGUAAAGAUGGUUAUGAAAAAACAUACAAUUACUAUAUUGCACAAACUUCUGUCUGUGAACUAAACAGAACAAUACACAAUUUUAUUUCACUCUCGGAUGCAUCUUGUUUUUGACACACGUGGAUGUUUUGGACCGAGUCUAAAAUUUCACUUGGGUCAUGAUGGGUUCAAGCAUGUUCUGGAUGGGAGUCAUGCAUCUUCUAUUUAUCUGAACUUAGAACAACGUAGGGUCCAAAAAUAAAGGUUUUCAGACUGGUUAUCUGAGACCCUUAGGACGUCACAUAACCCAUUUGUUUUUUCCAGAUAUUCUAGUUUUAAAAUUAAGGGCUCAACACAAAGGGUUUAAAAUUGGUUCUGAGAGUCAAGAAUUUAUAACUACUCUUCCAGUAACGGUAGUGUAGAAUACUGCAUGACAUGGGUUCUAGAAGAUGUUACACAAGGAAGUUGUGUCCUGUUUUUUGUUACAGUCAGAACAAUGGAAUUUGCCAUACAAAGGUGAAAAGCUGACAUUCUUGUUUAUCUAGUAUCCUAGUAAGAACAAAAUACAGUAUCUCAGAAAGGGAUUCACAUGAAUAGUCCAAUGGGUAUUCCAGUAAGUGCAAAGUAGGAUCCCACAUUAAGGAGUUCUCAGUAGUGGUUUUUAAGCCCCAGUGGUUUCUGUAUAUAGAUUAUGCUAUUUCGGUAAACAAUGUUUGGGUAAAGCAAUAAAGGAUUCAAACAGAUUUCUGAGAGUCCUAGAGUAUCCUAUUAUCUAUUAUUCCAGUAAGGACACAGUAUGAUACCAGGUACGGGGUUCAAAUUGUUAAUUUAUCAAGCCCUGGUGGGAUCUUCUGUCGUCUAUUCCAGAAAGCACAAUAUAAGGUAGCACAUGAAAGGUUUCUGACUAGUGUUCCUAGAGCCUUAAAGAGUACUUUAUAUACCUAUUAUUCAAGUAAGGACAAACUUUAAACUGAUGUCUAAGAGUCCUAUUGAUUUUGUAUAUCUAGUAUUCUGGCAAGACUGUAAUACGGUGUCUCGUAAAGAGAUUCGAACUGAUGUUCUAGGAACCCUAGGGGAUCCUCCAGUGGUCAUCUUCGCAAAAAAAAGGUCCUAUUUUGUACUCCAUAUAUACCCUUAGUGCACACACAGACAGGGGUUUUGGGGGGGGGGGGGGGGGGGGGGGUAUUAAAAGUGAAGUCCACUAUUUGCUAUUGAUUAUGUCCCUAGCUUAAUGGCUUUGUCCCUUUGGUAAAAUGUUCACCUACUGCAGUUGUGAGUAUGUCUAUGGCAAUUUUAAAACUAACAUUUGCAAAAACAAUUAUCAAAAUUAAAAGCCAAAAAUUAUCCCAGCAAUAAUUUUUAUCCAAUGGCAAAAAAGCUAUGACCAGCAAAGCAGCCCGUGACCUAUGGCAAUUCAUAUUGCAGCUACAGCAGUUGCUGUUCGUGCCACCAUUAAAUUGGAUCCCUGGGAAUGAAACCCUUGUCUUGUGAAGAUGUCCACUGGUCCAGUAAAGACCAUGAGGUGCUGAGCACUGCUUUGUGUAUCUGCUGUACCAAUAUGGACAGUUUAGUGUGUUGAAGAAUUAUUAAAUGUCCUUUAUGAUAUUCCCCCCCACCCCUCUUGUAUUCAUUACCACUUGCUUUGACAUUGCAUCAUAUUUUAUCAUCGGUGUUGGUUUCUAAAAUAAAUUAAAAAAAUAAUAAAAAUAAUAAUAUUGAUCCAUAAACUUUAUUUUGAUUGAAAGUUUUGCCUUACAGAAGUAAAGGGGAAAAAAAGGUGAUCAUCUUGUGGUAUUUUGUUGAAAUCCUGCAAUACCAAACAUGAACAGUGUUGAUUUAUCUAAACUGAAUGGUUUCAUUGUCAAAAUUUUAUUAUUUGGUGUAACCUGAUAAACAAUAAUUGCUUGGACUUUUAUUUUCCAAUGUAAUUUCUUCUCUUUUUUUUAUUUUAAUAUAAUAAAUAAGAUUAAAGUGUUAUUAAAUAUUAAAAAACAAACAAACCACUCAUUCAUCACGCUACUAAAUGUGUGGAUCGAAUUAGAGUGGAUGAAACAUGUUUUAAGAAUUGUCAUACUUUUAUACAAAUAGCAAACCAAACGUGGAUUUUUAUUUUAGAGAGUGGUGUUUUCAGAGACACUCAUGAACUACAAUAAAGGAAUAACAUUGUGGUUGUGAACAAAUUAUUUUGGUAUUCAUGUAUACAUGUAUGUAGCUAAUCUCUAGGGAUAGUUUGAAAACAAGUCUUGUCAGUAUACCGCAGUAACAUACCCCAAGCAAAACAUACAUGUAUGCAGGGUUUACGCUGAACCCCCUAAGAAAUUAUUAGUUAUUUUGUGAAAUUGGUCGAAAGUCUGUAGCCCAAUGAAUGCUUCAAUUAGCCAAACAGCAAAUGUGGCAGUAGAUCUGCACCGCGUAUGCAGUUUUUUUUUACCUGGCCUUUUGGCAAAUUUAUAAUGAAAUAUAUUUGCCAUGUUAAACUAUGCUUGCAAUUUGGUAAACAACUGCUUAAAUUCUGAUAUGGCUGGGUUUUUUUUAGUUUCUAUCCACACCCAAUACUGAAAUGAAUGUCAGAUAUUCAAACUUUAAACAAAAACAAAAAAUUCACAUUAUCUGAGAAGUGUAUCUUGCUCAUAUGUUAAGUAAAAACGACUAGCAUGAAUAGUUUUCCCUAACUAUCUAUUACCCCAUAUUAAAAUGGCAGUACUUUGCAUAAUAAUUAAUGACAGAUGCAGGCCUUUGAAAAUUGCAAAAGUGAUAGUUUCAUUUGUACAACACCCGCGCAUGUCUGGUUUUGUAUAACCCAUUUUUCGUUUGCGCAUUUUUAUUUAGGACAUCAUUUACAUAGUCACGAGAGGUUAUGCAUUAGUGAAUUGGGUUACCUGAAUUUGUUAUGGGUUAUGCCAAUUUUCAGUUCUUAAAGGCCUGUAGAUGUAAUCAUUUGGUAAAAAAAUGUAAUUAGUUUGUGAACUGGUAUAAAAAAUAAAAAAACACUUGAAACUGAACUAAAGACAGCUCUUUUGGAGCAAAUAUGGCUAGGUUUUUUUCACACGGUAGAUUUUUUUUCUUUUGGGAAUGGGGUUGUAAUUGUGAAAUAGUUUUGUUCAUUUGCACCCCUAGGCCACCCCUGGUGACUUUCCUGGAAUGGCCCUGAUUUAAACAUUUGCCUUUGUUUACAUGUACUGCUGGACCUUAAUGAACAGUCUUGCCUUUCUUUCUUUUUUCCUUUUUUAAAUAAAGUUUAUUUAUUAUUACUUUUUUUAAGUUUUGACAUUUAAACAGCCUUAUUAUUGUGUGCAUAUUAUCAUUGUUUCGGAUCCAAAAAUAACUUUCUGUCUACCUAUAAGCCUAUCUCUGUAGAUGUUUUGUUUGUUUCUUGGUUUGUGUGAUUUUUUCCAUUUCCAAUUCUACUUGUUCCAUCACAGACCUAUGAAUCAAAGAAGGGAAUAUUUGAACAUGAUUCAACAUGUAUCCCUCAAACACUAUUAAAAAAAAAAAAAUCAUGAUAAAUGUUGGGAGUACCACUUCAUUAUUGAACUUCAUGAUUAUGAUGUAAUUAGACCACUGGGUGUGAGAGGGUGGGUCGUUGAGGGAUGGAGGGUGGGUAAGAGGAAAAAUCUGCUAUUUUUAUCUUUGAAGUUAUCUUGAUUGUGUCCGCAUACAAUUUCUGUCAUCAGAAUAGCAAGAACACAAUUUAAAUAGAGAGAUGAAUUUAAGACUAUACAAAUAACAAAUAUUUGUUAUAAUUUAAUUUUGUUUAUAGAAUGUCGCCCCAUAUAACCGUCAUGUUUUUUUGAUUGAAUCAUUUACUUCCAUAUACCUGUAUGUGAUGUCAACCUUGGCACCGUUUAAAGAGUUUCGUAGCCCGAAUCUUUUUAACAACUAAACAAUUUACAAAAUUAUAUAUUUUUAUACUGUGCCAUCAGUUAAUUAAUUUAAAAAAAAUUGUACUUGUCAUAAUGUUAGGAAUGUGCAAAAAUACAGAUUUUUUUUUUCUCUGUUAUUACUAGGCAAGCUGCUGGUAGGUUUAUUAUGAAAUGUUCAAAACGUAACCUCAAAAAAAGAAACAAAAGUACAUCGGUUACAGGAAUAACAAAAUAUCUGUUGGAAUGAAAGGAAUUUUUCAUUAUAAAAAUGGUAAAUAUCUUAGCACGAUGUCUGUAUUUUUGGCAGCUGGACUGGGUUGGUUGGUGGGUGAGAGAACGUCGAUGGGGCAACUACGAAGCUCUGCCUGGGCGCCUAUGACAACAUAUUGUAUGUGCUUGAAUUUUAAAAAUAUAUCUGUACCGUGUUAAAUGUGAAAAAUGUACAUAUAUAUGUCUUGUGACUCACUUGUUGCAUAGUAUUACUGCAUAGUUUGUUUUUCUUCUUAAAUGUGCAUAUGUUAAUCUCAACUAGUAUUUAAGCAUGUUAAAAAACAAAAACAAAGAGGAAUAAAGCCAAUACUUGCAUGCAAGUUUCUCAACUGGCAGGUGUAUAUGUAGUGGAACAUGUAAUAAUCUUUUGUAUGUAUUAAACUUUUAGCUUAAUAAACUUUCUAUCAUCUAUUAAAA